CCCUGUUCCUCCCCUUGCUCCUCCCUCUUCCUUCUAAGCUUACCUCUGAGAGGAAACUGAAAGUGAAAUUAGACUGCGGGCUUGCAAAAGUGAAGCUGAAAACAGCCUAGCCAAGUCUGAGGACCCUGGUAAGAUUCCACGGCAGAUGUCACACUCUACAACCUCAAAAAUGUCCCUGGAAAAGAUGUGGGAGGAGGUCACCUGUUCUAUCUGCCUGGAGCCCAUGGUGGAGCCUAUGAGUAUCGAAUGUGGCCACUGCUUUUGCAAGGAAUGCAUUUCUGAGGUUGGGGGAAAUGGGGGCGGUUCAUGUCCCGUGUGCCGGCAACACUUUCUGCUCAGAAACCUCAGGCCCAAUCGGCAUAUAGCAAACAUGGUGGAAAACCUUAAACAAGAGGCCCAGAAUACCAAAAAGGGCACCCAGGAAGUGCACUGCAUGAAGCAUGGAGAGAUACUUCACCUGUUCUGUGAGGAAGAUGGGCAGGCCCUUUGCUGGGUGUGUGCCCAGUCUGGGAAACACCGGGACCACACCAAGGUCCCCAUUGAAGAGGCUGCUAAGAUAUACCAGGAGAAGAUUCACAAGGCUUUAGAAAAACUGAGAAAAGGGAAAGAGUUGGCCGAGAAGUUGGAAAUGGAUCUUGCAAUGCAAAGAACAGACUGGAAGGCAAGAACUGUAGACUGCAUCUCUCAGAGGAACAUUGACACCCAGAAGUCGAGGAUUCACGAAGAGUUCGCACAUCAGAAUAGCUUGCUGGCUCAGGAGGAACAGAGGCAGCUGCAGAGGCUGGAGAAGGAUGAAAGGGAGCACCUGAGACUCCUUGGGGAGAAGGAGGCUGAGCUGGCUGAGAAGAACCAGGCCCUGCAGGAACUGAUCUCAGAGCUGGAGAGGAGGAGCCGAGGUUCAGAACUGGAGCUAUUGAAGGAGGUGAGGAUCGUCCUGGAAAGGAGUGUAUCCUGGAAACUGGACACGGUAGAUGUUGAUUCCCCAGACCUGACAAGCACAUGCCAUGUGCCAGGGCGGAAGAAGAUGCUGAGGACCUGUUGGGUUCAUAUUACUCUGGAUCGUGACACUGCCAACUCGUGCCUCAUCAUCUCAAAGGAUCGGAGACAAGUGAGGAUGGGAGACACCUAUCAGAAUGUGUCUGAAAAUGCUGAGAGAUUUAAUAAUUACCCCAUGGUGCUAGGUGCCCAGAGAUUCUCCUCUGGGAAGAUGUACUGGGAGGUAGAUGUGACCCAAAAGCAGGCCUGGGAUUUGGGGGUUUGCAGAGAUUCUGUACAGAGGAAAGGGCAUUUUUCACUCAGUCCUGAAAAUGGCUUCUGGACCAUUUGGCUUUGGCAAAAAGACAACUAUGAGGCUGGUACCAGUCCUCAGACCACCCUCCAUAUUCAGGUACCUCCGUGCCAAAUUGGGAUCUUUGUAGACUAUGAAGCUGGCAUUGUCUCCUUCUACAACAUAACUGACCACGGCUCCCUCAUCUACACCUUCUCAGAGUGUGCUUUUAUCGGACCUCUGCGACCCUUCUUUAGUGUCGGUUUCAAUGAUGAUGGGGGGAAUUCAGCCCCUCUAAAGCUCUGUCCACUAAAGAUAUGAUGGUCAGUAACAGUGCCUGCUGACAGCACCUCCCAGGCACUUACCUCCUCCUUGUCCUGAUCUAGAUCCAAUGACUGACUACUGAGGACCAUUUCUGGAUACCCCUACCCACUUCCUGUUGGUGUUCUUCAGUCAUGCACUUUGUCAUUUUGACCAGUCUAGUUGGAACUUCCAUAAAGCCUCAUCUCUUUAGAGUCAGGGUCCCAGAAUGAAGGCAUCAGCUGGACAUAAUUAGAAGUCCAUGUCAACUGACCUUCAACAUCAAUGUACCAGACAUAGAUUCCUCAGUGAUUCCUCAAUGAAACAGACUCCUCACAUUGCACCCAAACUCAUCUAGCUCAGACAAAAUCCCAUCUCUGCCUCCUUUGUAUGACUUUCUUUGUUUUCUCUUUCCUUGGUUGUUACCUCUAGCCAGAUACCCAUCUAUUCCCAUACCUUCUGUGGCUUGCAGAAGGACUUCCUAAAAAUUGUGCCUUGGUCUAUCCUAUUCAGUUCUUGGUAAAGCUCAAAAUAUUAGUCUUUAACAUUGUACAUCUUUUGGUUUGCUUGUUUGUUUGUUAUUAGGGGAGGUUUGGGGUUUAUUGUUGUUUGUUUGUCUGUUUUCCCUCCCUGGAAUGCUCUAUGCACCUCAUCUGUAGACUCAGGUCAAGAAUAUCUUCCAGGGUAACAAACAAAAACCAGGAUAAAGUAGUGAAAGUGGUUCAGACAAGAGCUGAAUGUAACACUGAAAGUAUACUCAAUAUCCCCAGUGAGAGCCAAAGUCUAGGUGCCAUGCUGGUCUGAUUAGUGAGUCCCUUCUGUUGAUUCUCACGGGGUGGAACAGCUGUGCUUGGACACUGCCUACUGUCAGUUUGACAAUACUCUGUUCCCUGCUUCCAUUGCCUUGAAGAAAGUGAAAUUAGUAGCUGAACUCGUACACAGAUAUUUUUGAGAACUUUGAAAAUACUGUCAGAAGAGUUAGGAGAAAGUAUGGACAAAUGUACAAUAAAGAAAAUGCAAGAUGGUUUCUAUGAGGACAUCAUCAUUGAGCUAAAGAUACGUUAGCAAUGCCAAUUAAUGGCUCAGUAGGCUAAAUGAGGUUCAAGUGUAUCUAGUUCAUGAAAAAAAACAUUUAAAAAAACCUUAAGCACUAAUAUUUACAUUGACCUUUCAUUCUUGUGUUCUGUCUUAGAGUUGACACUAUAAGUAAUAGUUUGUAUCUUUUGAUUUUCAUACUGGUGGAAGGCAGCUAUUAAAAUGAUACAACUUUCAUUUCCUCAAAAUCUGAACACCAUACUGUACCAGAUUUCCUCACUACCUGGAGAUGUAUGUUACACAGAUACUAAAUCCCUUGUUCUCCACUGAAAGGAAUUAUGAGGUUUCAUACCAUCUCAACUUUUCACCCCCAUAGUCAAUAACAAGUGGUCUGGGUAUGAGAGUCUUGUUUGUCACAUAAAAGCUACCUUAAAAAAGAUCUCCAAGUACUGGUUCCAAUUCUGAUUAAUAUUGUCUUUGAAGGUCAAAUAAAGCCUAUUAAUUUUCCUGGGCUUCUUUCAUUCUACCUCCACCUUUCAAAUGAACAGACACAGAGUAUUAAAGAAAUGUUAUCUGUACUGGCCCAGGCCAGACAGAAUCACAGCAAGGAGAAUGAUGGGCACCAAGUCCCUCCCUUAGCUAAGGAGCGUUGGGCAGUCGCUAGAAGGACCAUCAGUUUUCUUCAUACUGGUGGAAGGAAACUAUUAUAAUGUUACAACUUUCAGUUCCUCAAAAUCUGAACACCAUGCUGUACCAGAUUACCUUACUACCUGGAGAUGUAUGUUACAUAGAUGCUAAAUCAGUGUGGGCCCUAGUGGGCCCACUGAAAGCCCACUAGUGUAUAAAGGCAGCAUAAACAGUGCUUGGUGGGUGAUUUAUAAAAAGGAAGAAAAGAAAGAGGAGUAAUGAUACAAAGUAGGGUAGAGCAUGAACUUGGGACAUGUGAGGAGGGCGGUAAAUAUGAUCAAAAUACAUUGAAAUUCUUAAAUAAUUUUAAAAUGAGAUUAGAAAGGAAGCAGUGUCAAAAUUUCAAAGACACUAAGGGAAAAAUUUUUUCAAUAUACCUGUAGUUUAUUUUGCAUUAUAUGUAACAAAUUUCCUGUUUAUAGGUCAGUCAUGCUGUGGGUAAUGAUCAACAUACAAUCAGAGCACAAUCAAGAAGUAUGAAUAUUAUGGCAAGCCUCUAUAUUUGAUUCAAAUUAAACUGAUGUUUUGACAAUAAACAUUUAUUAAGCUGUAAUGUUCACAAUGAUUUAAUUCAGCUCUUAGUCAGAUCUACAAAGACUUAAAAUAUCACAACCAAUGACUAAUCAGAAGGUAUCUAUCACUUUGCAACAAUAAACCUAAUUUUUUUCUGAAUAAGAUAUUUAUAGUUUGCUUCCCCUAAGAUGCAUGGACGCGCCCUCAUCCCACUCUGUUCUCACAAAAUUGCUUUCUUUUGCAUCAAACUGUAUUAUGUAAAAUUUCUAAUGCAAAUGUAUUUUUGGUUAAAUGUAUGUGCACCAUUACAUUAAUUCAAAUUCAUUGUGGACAUUUUCAUUGUGAUGUACUAAUAAAAUUCAUUGUGAAUGAAA